UUUGUGUCCCGAGCGUCCCUGACCGAGGACGUGGCCGGACGCCUCCCUGCCGGGCACAGCUCACCCCAGUAACGAAAACAGCUCAAGGACUAAUGCCGACCGGGCGUUGCAAAUGACGUUUAGGCCCCUUUUAGCCUUUUAGGCAUUUCCAGGCACCCCCGCGGCCGGGGCCGGUGCGGGAGAGGCCACGCUCAGAACGCAGCGGCCUGGAGCCGCUCCCAGCGGACCGGCGGCAGCGGCCGGGAAGCUUCGGGAGGCUCCCAGGGCCUCGCCAGAUAGAGCCGCCGACAGAGGAGGAGUGCCCACCUCCUCCCCACGCCGGCUCCGCUCCGCCGGGCCGAGCAGGGCCGAGCGGCGGGGGGGGCCGGCACACGGAAGUGCUGGGUGCUGCGGCGGGCGGGAGCGGCCGCCCGGGGCGGGCAGGAGCGGCCGCCCGGGGCCGGGGGGCAGCGCGGCCGAGGAUGCUGAAGCUGGCUCUGGGGCUGCUGGCAGCCACCGCCGUGGCGCUGCUGCUGGACUGGUACGCGCCGUCCGAGGGGCUGCGGCCGCCGGGCCGGGGCCGCCGGCAGGCCCCGCAGCCCGCCCCCGGGGCAGAGGCCGGCAGCCUGUUGUGGGUGGUGCAGGUGUCAGAUAUUCAUAUCAGUAGAUUUUGGGAUCCCAAACGAACUUCUGACUUUGAAAAAUUCUGUUCUGAAACAAUUGAUAUAAUUCAGCCAGUACUUGUUCUAGCAACAGGUGACCUGACAGAUGCUAAGACAAGAGAUAUACUGGGAUCUGGACAGAUAGAAGUGGAAUGGAAAACUUACCAGUCAAUCCUGAAGAGAUCAAGGGUCAUGGAAAAAACGAAGUGGAUAGACAUCAAAGGAAAUCAUGAUUCAUUCAACAUUCCACACCUGGAUAGUGUUCAGAAUUAUUACAGGAAAUACUCUUCUUGGCAUAAAGAUGGCUCUUUCCAUUACAUUCACACCACCUCUUUUGGGAACUAUUCAUUCAUCUGUGUGGAUGCCACACUCAACCCAGGCCCUAAGAGACCCUUCAAUUUCUUUGGCAUUUUAAACACGAAUCAUAUGGAAGAGCUAUCUUUGAUGGCAACAGAAAGUCUGCACAGCAAUCAUACUAUCUGGUUUGGCCAUUUUCCCACCUCAACAAUCAUCUCCCCAGCCCCAGGAAUACGAACAUUAAUGAGUUCUGCCACAGCCUAUUUAUGUGGCCAUCUCCAUACAUUGGGUGGGCUGAUGCCAGCCUUGCACAGUCAACACCGUGGUGGCACUCUGGAACUUGAACUGGGAGACUGGAAGGAUAAUAGGAAGUACCGGAUCCUUGCAUUUGAUCAUGACCUCCUGAGCUUCGCAGACCUUAACUUUGAAGAAUGGCCCGUAGUUCUCAUCACCAAUCCCAAAUCCUUCCUUUACAGCAGUUCUGCUCAUGAGCCACUAGUGAAAAUUCUUCAUUCCACUCAUAUCAGAAUUCUGGCCUUCUCUCCUUCUGUCAUUACCUCUGUCAAAGUCUAUAUAGACAGAGUUCACUUGGGGAAUGCAUAUCAGGUGUCUGGCCCUCUCUAUGUACUGAGGUGGAGCCCGCAAAACUACAGUCAAGGGUUCCAUCACAUAGAUGUGUCUGUCCAGGAUACUUCAGGAAGAACCAGUACGCAAAGUCACGUAUUUGCUUUGGAUGAAAACUUGUCUCUUAGAUUUAGCUUUUGGCCAUCUGUUAUUCUUCUUACUGACCACUAUGUUCUAGCUCGUGUGCUCUUUGGACUGAUUGUGCUGAUUCAGAUUGCCUUGCUCAUUAUUUUCAGAUACCUCCAAAAACCAGCACUCAAAGAAAAGCCAGGAUUACUUACUCUGACCUCAUAUUCCCUUCAUGUCUUCAGUAAAAUAAACACCUUCUAUUACUCAAUUCUGGUUCUGAAUUUAUACACCAUUCUGGGACCAUGGUUUAUAGGUGAACUGAUAGAUGGCCAUGUGGGGGCCUGUUUUUCCUUCGGAGUGUUUGUUGGUGGUUCCUUCUUACACGGAGGUCUGACCUUUGUGGUUGGAAUUUUACAGAUGUUGUUUUUCAACCUGCCAUUAAUGGCCUAUCUGUGCUGGUGCCUGUUGCAGCGAUGCCAUGGUCACAGCUUCUGCUCUCACCUCCAUCGCGUCGGACGCCUCACAGCUGUGCUUGUCCACCUGGCAAUGGCCCUCCUCCUGGCCUGGCAGGUCUAUUCCUGCUAUUUCCUGCAGCGAACCUAUGGGACUUUGGCUUUCUUCCUCUCCCCGAUGAGAAUGUGGUUGGUGGUGCUGACCUCAGCUCUGAUUUAUAAAACCUGGACGCUGAAAUCAUCUGAGCUCAGAUCUUACAUAGUAGAAAUGAAAAACUGUCAGAGCUCAUGAAGUACAAUAUAAAUAUUCAAAGUUCUGACUUAAAAACUGUCAAGGCACAGCCUAUAGUUUUGUGAUUCUGUGCAGCCCAACCAUUAGGUGGGAAGCUCUGAAGCAGUACCUGCAUUGCUACAGAGCUGUAUUAAAGAGGAAAUGUAUAACAAUAUGUAUUAUAUAUUUCUAUUGUAUUAUACAUAUACAAUAUACUGUAUAAUACAUAUUAUAUGUAUUUCCUUUCAAUGGUAGUGGAUGGCAGUGGUGGGAACAGCUGUGUGAGGUGUGAACAGGUGGAUUAUCUGCUGAGCCUGGUGGCAGAGAUAUGAGAGGAGGCAGAAAGGUUAAGGAGCAUCAGGGAGGCAGACUGGUGGAGCAAUGCUCUGCCCUCCCUGAGACAGAACAGCCACCAGAAGGAACCCAAGAUCAAGGGGACCCCAUUUCCUCCCCUCACCAGGCAGAUGGCAGUAGUUUAAACAAGAGGAGUGAAUGGAGGCAAAUCCACCCUCCGGGCUGCAGGCAAACCUCCUCCUUGCCCAUCUCACCUUCCCGGGUGCCUCUGUACAACAGGUAUGAGGCUCUGGAUGUGGAAGGCCAGUCAAUGCAUAAUGGUUCAUCUACACCAGAGGUGUCACUGAAGUCAGAAAGGCCUAUCCCCCAUAUCAUGACCACUUCCAAUAGGAAGAAAAGAUGGGUUAUAGUGACUCCCUUCUGAGGGGAACAGAGGGUCCAAUAUGCUGGACAGACCCUCCUCUUAGGGAAGUUUGCUGCCUCCCUGGGGCCCAGGUUACAAACAUUGCUAGGAAACCUCCUAGCCUGGUGCAGCCCUUGGACUAUUACCCAUUACCGAUCUUCCAUGUGGGUGGUGAUGAAGCUGUAGUCCAAGAGCAAUCAAGAUACUUCAGGGUCUUUGGAUGGAUGGUUGGUGAGAGAAGCUGAGGCACAGGUUAUUUUUUCCUCUCUCCUUUCAGUUGUGGGCAUAGGAAGAAAUAGAUGGACCCAGUCUAAAAAUACAUGGCUCCAUGGCUGGUGUCACCACCACAAUUUUGGGUUUUUUGAUUAUGGGAUGGUCUACAUGGCAGGCUUGAUGGCAUCAGAUGAGAUUCACCUUUCUCAAAGGGAGAAGAGGGUCUUUGCUCAGGAGCCUGUGGGACUCAUUGACAGAUUUGAAAGGGGAGAGGGAUAACACCAGGCUUCCCUCUGAUAAGCUGUGGGAUGACAUGCCAAGGUUAGUGCGCCCUCAGCCUGUUGUUUGGAGAUGUGCUGGACACAACUGCAGCACAUUCAGUCUUAUGGAGAUAAGCAACAGGCUCCUGAGGUAAUAAGAGCCAAUAGGGAAGCACUGGAGAAAUACAUCAAAGGAAUUCCAGCCACUCCAGUCUAUAAGUCACCUUCACCAGGAGCCCAGCUUAAAUGUCUCUGUGCAAAUGCAUGCAGCAUGGGGAAUAAACAAGAGGAGUUAGAGUCAUGGGCAUGCCUGCAGGGCUAUGACCUGAUUGGCAUCACUGAGACAUGGUGGGAUGACUCCUAUGGCUGGAGUGUUGGAAUGGGAAGAUACAGGCUCUUAAGGAAAGAUAGGCAGGGGAGACAAGGAGGGGUUGUCGCCCUCUACAUCAAUGAACAGCUGGAGUCCAUGGAGCUCUGCCUAGGGAUGGAUGAGGAGCUGACCAACAACUUACGGGUCAGGAUUAUAGGAAGGGCAGGGACAGGGGACAUUAUAGUAGGGGUCUGCUACAGGCCACCGAAUCAGGAAGAUGGAGUGGAUGAGAUGCUUUAUAGACAGAUAGGAGUAGCCUCAUGUUCACAAGCCCUGCUUCUCAUGGGACCACCCUGCUAUCUGUUGGAGGGAUGACACAGCAGGGCAUAAGCAAUCCAGGAGGUUCCUGGAAUGUGUUGAAGAUGACCUCCUCCAGGUGAAAGAGGAGCCAAUGAGGAGUGGUUGGCUAAUUAACACUCCCUCUGGGAGGAAACAGUUCUGUUUUCCACUGCCAUGGUUGCCAGUUUUCCCACACUUGACCAGUGAAAGGACAGUGAAUGAUCAAUGUUGCUGGGAUUCAGAGUUUGGCUUUAAAGAAAAGAAUGGAGACAAUGUCCUCAGGAUGGGAGAGCCUGAAGGAUGGGAGAGCCUGAAGGAAUCGUGUGGUCUGAUGCCUAUAUGGUCUGUAAGUGAUGGGGUCAAGGCUGUAUAUCUGGGUCUCAGUCAAAUGCACCAAAGAGUGACCUAGGAAAACUCACUUGUUUCCAGUUUUUCUAAGUCUAAAAAUGAUAGAACAGUUACAUUUAUGAAGAAUGUAAUGAUCCAGAGCCAAGACAGCUGAGGUGCCUUUAUCUAUAAAGUGAGAACACUGGUCAGAAUCACAAGACUACUGAGUGGAACAUUUAAAAUAAUUUAGAUAAUUUUAAAGUAACUUAUUUAUGCCUCCUUGAGAAAAAGGAGAGGUAACUUAUUUAUAGCACCUUGGAAAAAAAACAGCAGUGAUUGUGGUAUAACACAAAGAAAAAUAAAUUGAAUUGCAAGAAAAUAUUGAUUACAAUUAUGACUUUUUGUUAUUUCUAAAAUAUGAGUUUUCCUAUUCCUUAAUUCCUGUUCCUCAGUGAUUGAAGAUACAAUAGGAAAAAGAGUAACAGCUCUGAUAUGCAUAAUUUAAAUACACUGUUAAGAGAAUACAGAAUUUAAUUUCUUGCUACAUAAAAAAAAAAGCUGUUAGAAAAUCAAAGUGGCAGGGCACAAUGUUUACGUGUGAAAACAUUACUGAAAAAAUUAAUAAAACUCAUAUUUUGCAAUGAAAUUAUGUUUAUGUGAUCAGGAAGCAUAAGAAGUGGCAAUGAAGUAUUUCAUAUCUAUACCCUGUGACAAGACCCUGUUCUGAAAUUGGACUAUUUUUUUUAUUGUUGUGGUGAUGGUAGCAGUUCAUUGCAAUGUAAUCUAAUCUCCAUGUAAUCAAAUUUCUAUGGACUUAAAAAUAUGACAGUCUGUCAAAUAAUUCCUUUUUGGCUCCUUGGGAUGUGUUUGGUAGAUGGAUGGAAUUCUGUCAAGAAACAUUCAGUGCUCUU